CCCUAGUCCUUGCAGACACCGUUGCAGCUUACCCUCCAGCUCUUCAACUGAUGGUUUGUCCUCCUGCAUGGACACCAUCUUCCUCUCCCAUCUUGCAACCAUCAGCCAAGCUUAAGCUGUACACCCAGUUCAAACAUGCUCUUAAAUUUGUCACUUUCUAGCUGCAGUCUCCGAUAUGCCAUCUUCAUUUCUGGUGAAUCAGGUCCUUGCUCUUCAAUCAUCCAGCGAUGGAGUGGGUUGUGGCUACUAAGAUGCAGGCGGUGGAGAUGGCCAAGGUCAUUUUGCAAGGCAGAGAUGAAGAGUUGGCGUUUCGUUUGCAAGUGGAGGAAACCGUGAGGGUGUCUGUGAUGGAGGCAUCAGAGAUCAGAGUGAACCUGGAACAGUGUCAAUCGGACUCAGGUUCGCAUGCAAACUGGGACGUAAAUUUUGAUGCGGCGUUGGAAGUGGCCUGUCAAGAGCUUGAAACCUUUGUUGAACAGUUGGAGGAGACGCUGUUGUCAGUAAUUGAGAUCAAUAGAUUAGCACACUUGGAAGAGGGUACUCAAUUUGUGCUGGUUACUGAUGAAGUCGUUGAUGAUCAAUUCGAAACAUAUGUGAUUCAAACGAUGGAAUUUUGGUGUCCGAAAACAAGUGGGCUUAGUUGCCAUGACGAGAGGAAGUCCCGACGACGCGUGCAAAGUUCCGAACCAGGGACAUCCAGGAACCGUGGUUUGAAGCUUAGGGUAUACCACUCGGGCAUGGAGCAGGAUGGGAAACGAAAGAGGAUACUGGAGGAUAGCAGCGAUGAGGAACUCCUCGAAAGUUUCUUUCGGAUGGCACAACUUGAGGACGAUCGGGGAGCCAACCAGGCAGACGAUGAAGAUACCCAGAACCUUUGUCAGAUCUGCUUUGAUGCCACACCUGAGCAAAGACCUUUUAUUACUCUAAAUGGAUGUGGACAUCAGUACUGCCAGCAAUGUGUCUCAAGUCAUGCAAUGACGUUAAUUGCCAAUGGAAAAAUACACAUUACUUGUUUGCAAGUCAAAUGCCCAUCAACCCUAUCCCGCAGACAGUUGACGUCACUUCUAGACAAGAAGACCCUCGACAUUUUAAUAAGCAGAAGAAGAGAAUCUUACAUCCCUGCUUCCGAGAUCAUUUACUGUCCGUUCAAAGAUUGCUUAAAAAUGGCCACUAAGCCCAGUACCCACGGCCAGCAGCCACAGACUUCGUCUGAUCAGCACCCAAGUGACUUCAGCAAGGUGAAAUGUGGAGCUUGCCACCGUGCAUUCUGCUUUCAGUGCAAUAUAGCUUGGCAUGAGGCCAUGAGUUGCGGAGAGUACAAUGCGUCACAGAAAAACCAGCGCCUUUUGGGGGAUGAGAAGCUCCUCAUGAUGGCUGCAGAAUCCAAGUGGCAACGUUGCAGUAAGUGCGGAACUGUCAUUGAACGAAGUGGUGGUUGUUCUCACAUGCAAUGUCGAUGCGGGCAUAAUUUUUGCUAUGGCUGUGGAGUCUCCUGGCAAGGUGCAGGUGUAAAUUGCAUGUGCCCCUGACGAAAGGAGUCUGGAUUGGUAGGUCCAUGCGAAGGUGCAGCUCCACUCUUCACAGAAAAGCGAAGUUAGUGCGACUCCUCAGCUCCGGAACCUCGCUGUUGCAGUCGUGAUCUAAUGUGAUGAUCAAGUCGGGAGAUUGCAUGGUGGGCGAUACAAGAGCAAUUCGAUGUUUCAUGAAUCUUGAGCACUCUAUCAUCGUUACGGUGAAUGCCGUCCAUGAACCAAUUUUUUUACAGAAUUCACGUCAGUUGCUUUGGGGUUCAUGACCAAUUUCCAAAAUAUCUCCGAAAGAAAAUCGGUCGGUAACUAGUGCAUCCAUUCAAAAAAUGAUUCCGAGUUGCUCUUGUAUUGUGCGUUUAUUUUUGUUUCGAUUUGUUUUAGAUUUUUUUUGUUUUGUACUUUAAUUGUUUCGUUGUUGAAGCAAGAAGUUGUUGCAACUGUAGCAACAUUCUCUUCUAUACGAAAGCAGUUGUUUGCAUGCAUGAAGCUGCUGCAAGUUGUGCAACGAUAGUUUCCCACUUCGAAAUACUGAUGCUUUUUUGUCACAUUUAAUUCUGAUAAAUCAGCUUUUAAGGUUAUUUAUGGAA